AUGCGUUUCGACGUCUCCAAAAUUAUCCCGCUCCUGGCAGCGAUUGCCUCCCUGGAACCCUUUGCGGCCGCACGGACAAUACCAGGUGGAAAGUUAGGGGACAUAAAGCGAAGCUGCGAUGUCGAGCCUUGCGAUGCUGGCCCAAAUUUGCCUAAGGGCCCGCAUGAACUAAUUGCUGGCUUGCGCGUCAGAAGGCCCCCAAUUAUCCCUAGGCCCCCGAGCCCAAGCGGGGGCAAGUCUGGAGGAGGGAAGCCAGGAGGUAACCCCAAUGAGCCUCAUCCAGGUCAACAAGGUGCCCAUGGGCCGGGAGAAAACCGCCCUCCCCCAACUCCACAAGAGCCAUCGCCACCAGUUUUGCACUCUAGACCCAAAGAUGGGUCGUUUGACGAGAGAAGAAUUCCCGGGGCCUCAGAGGACCUGGGAUAUGAAGGAUACGGAAGGAAAGGGGCGGAGGUGAGAAAGAUACUUGAUGAUGCUAUUUCGGACAAGAGACCGGAUGUGGACAGGCCACCCUUGGAUUACUAUUACAAUACACUCAAGAUCCGCUCAGAUAUAAGAAUACCUGUCUCAAAAAUGAGGGAAAGGCUUGGGGCGAUCGAGGAAGAACCGUCUACGUUUAUCGCAGUUCUGAACAAGGAGGAUCUCUUUACACAGGUUAAGUCCAACUACCGCCAAAUUCACGAGGGAUAUUACAGUCCGGAAAAAAACUUUGUUCAUAUCUCGAAAUCCUUCUCCAGGAAUGACUUUUUACCAGACAGCGUACGUCUACCAUACUCUGACAUGAUAUACCAGGGCAUCAAGGUUACGGGAGGCAGACCGAGAGACUUUAAAUAUAUAAGUCAAACCGCGAUUACAAAUAUGGAAACAAGGGCGACGAUAAGGACGGCUCGGGAAAAACUCAAGAUUUCCGAGAGAGAAGAGCAUAUAUUUCGCCCGUCGAAGCCUGGUUCAGACGAGGACAAUGCCUUCAACAGCUUAGCAGGGACAGAAAACGCCAAAUCCACCUUUCGUAUGCUGGCUGAUCACCGUGCGGAAUUUGGCGACCUCAAGGUGGUUGGGAUCCACACGUAUGAUAUAGAUGAUGCGCUCCUAAUUGAGUUAGGACAUCUGAACUAA